UUAUAUAAUGAACUUGUGGUGUAUGAUUGAUUAUGGUUCUAAUGAUGAGUUAAACUCUUUUAAUUAAUACUAGCGCUAGUAAUUGGUCAAUGUUCAUUAAAACUCUUAAAAGAACAAGCUUCAAAAUUACUGUUUCUUAGAGUCACAUCCAUUGGGUGGCCCUUUUGUAAUUAACCGUUAAUGACUUGUUCUUUGUUGGUGACCAAAAACAUAAUUAUGCUCCACUUUUGCCUUCUUUGUUUCUCUGCUCCGUCUCCGGCUGUCUUUGUCUCCACCCAUCAAUCUGCCUGCCUCCCUCUCUCUCAUUGCGAGACCAUGACUCUGCGUAUCCCUUGCCAUUUGAUGGAGAUCCAUUCAUGUCAGCUCCCGGUCACACCCCUCUCUUCUUUUCACCUUUUUCCUCCUACCGCCGCUCUGCUAAUGUCAAUGCUCUACAUCAUUGUUUUGUGCACUGCCGUCGUUGUUCUUCUGUUCGGUCUUCACUCGAUUAUCGCACCGCCUAUCUCAUUGCCUCGAUGUGGUGCCUUUCAUCUACAUCACCUCUUCCGACUUUUUCUCCCUUUGUUGUUACUUACCCCUCGCCUGCAUAAUUUCACUACCCUUUCCACACAACCCAGCUCUGCUGUUUUUUUCUCCGUUCGUUGUCUACGCCGCGACGAUGGUGACCCACAAGCUCUUGUUCCAGCUGACGGAAAAAGACGGCCUGCACACUCUUCUCAAGCUGCGGCUGGUUCAUGCCUGGGGUUCAUAUGGCCUUAAGAAUCCUUCCUACAUUUUUAACUACUGCACCCUCUGGAACGAUGAAGAGGGUACGCUGAUUCAAGGUAUCGCCCCGGCUAAGUUGGCCCAGCAUUUCGCCCCUCUUCUUCAAAUAGGAAAUGUCUACAUGAUAAGCGGCGUCGUCGUUCAGCCUCCAAGCCCUACUUACCGGCCGUGUUCCCAUAACCUCUGCAUUGUCCUUUCAUACGACACGCAGAUUACAGAUGUUACUGCUUCUGAAUCUACAUUUUGGAACGAUGCUUUUGAGUUUGUUUCGUUCGCUUCGCUGCAUUCUCGCAUCCGUUCCACUGUAUUUCUCACAGAUGUCGUUGGCGCGGUUGUCAGUGUUACUGGUAUUUCUCAUGGUUUUACAUCCUUUGGUAGCGCUAUUCGUCGUGAAGUUGUCAUUCAGAACGAGAGUCACCUGUUGCUGGAUAUAACGUUAUGGGGUGAGAUAGCUCGGGCUGUUGAUGGUGAGGAAUUGGCACACCUCGGCCGUUCUGGACCUGUUGUUCUUGGUUUCGGGAGCCUACGGGUCACUGGUGCCACCAAGGGCAGGUUUUCUUUGUAUAGCACACCUGGAACGCGCAUCUUGCUUGAUCCAUUGUCGGAGAUGACUCACGUGAUCCAGUCUACGUUCUUUGCUGCAAGGAACAGUGUGCAGUAUUAUCCACCCCGGUUUCCCACCCCUGAGGAUGCUGUUGCAUUUGAGGCUGAUCGUACAAAGACUCUUGAACAGCUGCUUGCUCUUUGUGACACACUCCAACCUGAUUCUACUCGGUAUCAUUGUUCCGGUCAAGUGGUUGCGAUCGACUCCUCCUCACAGUGGUAUUAUUUAGGCUGUGGCUUCUGCUCAAAGGCAGCCAAGCCAUAUAUUCGUCCUGAUCUUUGGUGUGAGGAACAUCGUCGUUUGGAGCCCCAGCAAACGCAAAACUGCUAUCGGGUGCGCAUGACUGUCGUGGACGAUACGUCUUCAGCAGUUUUUGUUCUGCUCGGUAAGGCUGCUGAUGCUCUUGUGGGGACAACGGCACCUGAAUUGUCUGCUCGGUUCCCGUUUCAGCGUGGCCAUUUGCCACCGGAUCUCCUUGCUCUUGAAAAUCGAACCCUGGAAUUUGAUGUCCAGCUGCCUAAAACAGAGUACUUGGCGCGUGGCCAGUAUGAAUUCUCAGUUCUGGCCGUUCAAGAACCCGAACAGGUUGCACCUGCAUUGCCACGACUUCCACCUCCCUCUCCACAGGCAAAGAUAGUUGGUUCUCCGUUACCAUCGGCUACGAGGUCUCGCUCACUCUUAAUUUCCCCCGGUCGUGCUUCAUCACUCCCAGCGUCGCCUGGAAGGCAUGGGAGUUUUUCGUCACAAGACCCUGCAUCUUCCUCGGUUCACCCAAUUGCACCUGCAAGGUUUGGUGCUUCAUUUGUCUCAGAUCCCUCUGUUGCAAGUUCUCCUGUUAUGUAUGCAAGGCCUAGAGCUACAGCUAACCUUAGCUCACCUCCGUUAUACCCCCCACAUGGGUUUCUUCUCUUUCCGAUUAGCUUCAGCUACACUUGCCGAGUUAUUUGUCCACUGAUUAAUCAUCCUCACUUUUCUUAGCAGCACAUUGGAUACUUCUUCUGAACAAGAGGCACUUGAACUUGAAUCUGCUCAGCUUAAUCUUUCUCCAGCGAAAAAAAAGGCCACUCCCAAAAAAGUGCCCCUAAAAAGUCUGCAAAUCAACAGAGCACAUUGGAUGCCUCUUCUGAACAAGAGCCAGUUCAAUUUGAGUCUGCUCGGGUUGAUCUUUCUCCAGCAAAAAAAAAAGGCCGCUCCCGAAAAAGUACCCCUAAGAAGUCUGCAAAUCCGCAGAGGACUUCAUUACAUGGGAAGAAUAUUCAGCAAAUCCAACUGGAUCCUGUGCCUGUUUGGUAUGGAAUCAGUAUAGUUUGAGCCCGUCUUAGUACAAUUUCUUUAUUACUAUAUUUGUUUGUCUUUGCCCUUUUUUUUUCUUCAUCUUAUUGGGGUUUAUGGCAUAUGAUUUUGUUGACAAGUCUACCGCUGGUCUUCUUCAUUUUUUGGUUGCGGCAGGUUUGGUUGCUUAUUAAUUUUGUGUGUUUUUAUUCUAGGCCAUUGUCUGAAGAUACACUCCAUCAAUCUGCUUCUGAUGAAGAACCCCUUUUUUGUGUUGAACGGCGAGGCAGUGCUCCCUUUCCCCAUCACCAGACAAUUUUUGAUGAGCUUGUUGAAAUUGCGGAGGUUGAGCAGCUGUCUCCGGUCGCUAAACAUCGCCGACUUAUUCCACACCGGGAUCAUCUUGCUGGAUCUGCAGAUGAGCUUAUACCUGAAUAUAGUGAUUUCCCUGAUGACACUCCCCUGCCUCAGAAUAGUUUGGACCCUUCGGUUGCUGCUGCUGUGUUCCCUGUUAGUAUUCCCCCUACAUCUGGUCUGCCUUCGCACUCCGUUCAAGAAAUUGAUGCUGAGGUCAGACCAAAAAGAACCCGAACACCGUCCAGGCGAGCAGCAGAGUCUGCCUUGCAGGUUACCCCAAACAAAAAAGGAACUGCUGCCUCUCCUCGCAAAAAAAAAUCUAAGAAGCAGCUGUUUACUUCCUGAACCAUUGGAAUGGUGAUUGAUUUCUGCUCUCUACCACCGUUUGAAGUUCUCAGUGUUGCUUUUGUUUAGGAACGCUCUUUUGUGUAUUAACUUCAUAACAGAACUUGUAUUUCAAUCGGCUUGUCUUUAAGUUCUGUCUGAUAUUUGCCACACCUUUUGUCUUGAUGAUCAGGCAUGUAACGCUUAUUAUGUAAUCGUACAAUGACUUCCUCGGAUAUAUAUGUUAUUGGUCUCAAACUGAUUUCCUAUAUUUCUAUUAUGUUGUGG